UUCUUCUCCAUUUUUUCAGAAAAAAUGGAGAAAACUCUUGAACUUGCUGAAGAAUUAGGUUGUAUAAAAUAUGUGAAACUAGACCGAACGAAUAAACCUAUAGAGUGCAGCCAAGAGAUUAAAUAUCUUCUCAUCAUAGAUUUUGAAUCCACCUGCUGGCAGGAGAAAUCUUCAGGAUUUCCUCCAGAGAUAAUUGAGUUCCCAGUUCUCCUUGUGGAUUUGGUUACAGGGGAAACAGUAUCAGAGUUCCAUGAGUACGUGAUGCCAACAGAACAUCCUAGAUUGACCAGCUUUUGUACACAGCUUACAGGUAUAAAUCAGGAAACUGUCGAGUCUGGUAUACCCCUGGGGACUUGUCUUCUACUCUUUAACUCUUGGAUUAAGGAGAUGACAGAAAAGUAUAAUCUUUCUUCAGAUAGCAGUACGGGAAAUUUGUAUACCUGCUGUACAUGGUCGGACUGGGAUUUAAACCUCUGCCUUGAGAAUGAAUGUAAAAGGAAACAAUUGAAGAAACCGCUAGAAUUAAGACGAUGGAUUGAUAUCAGGGCUGUAUACAAACAGUUUUACCAGCGAACUCCGAAGGGUUUAAAGGGAGGAUUGAAGGAUGUUGGAUUAGAGUUUGAAGGUCGUGAGCACAGUGGUAUUGAGGAUGCCAGGAACACUGCUAGAUUAGUACUAAGUAUGGUACAGAGCGGAUGUAAACUAACAGAAACUAAAUCUAAUCCAACUCUUAGUUCUGAUCUUAACAACAGGAAGCAGCAGCCCUCAGAUAGAAAAUAUGUUCCAAAAAUAUAUUUAAAAGAAAACUUAAAUAAUAUAAAAAUCCUGGCGCCAACUAGGAAAUGAUAAAUAAAUGAUUUUGGUAUUUUUAACAAUUAUGUUUUUGUCACUAUAUUACGAUUAUUGCAUCAAGUAUCAAUUGAGUUUUUAUACAUUAUAAAUAUUAAGUUUUUAAAAUAAAUAGAGUUCAUAA